GCUCUGUCCAAUCAAAAACACUUUAAAUUAUACGCAUCGCGAGCGUACGAUCUAUUAUGAUUUUUAAAUAAAUACGGUUAAAUUUUCCAUUGAACUCUAAUCGAUAGCGAUAUUUGUUGAUCUUAAUGUUGAGGUAUUUAGCCACACAUUAGCCAACAACGCACCUAGACUCAGUUCACAGCCAGCUAAAGUCCUUUAUAUUCGCAGUACUUUUCGAAUUUGGUUUGGACGCCAUUGAGUUCUUCGCAGAUUUCAGCUGCAUCGGAGCUGACGUGGUGUUACGUGUGCGUUGGUUCUCAGACCAUCAAUUCGAGGCGUAAUCAGUGAUUUAACGUUAAUCAGUGGCUGCAUUCGCUAUCUAUUGGUUAGUUAGCGAGAGAAAAAAAACGAUACUACCCGGCUAGCUAAGUUAGACGAUUAUCAUGGCAAGCAAUGCCUGUCAAAUGCAGGAGCAGGGCAGCGGUGGUUCGCUAUCAUCACUAGCACAGGUAGCAACAAGGAGAGCAAAAUCAGAGGAUAGAAACUCAAAUGAAGAUGUUUCUAAUGCACACAACAGGAGAGAGCUUCCCUCCAGAAGACAGGCAUACAGAAAAGUGUCUUCAGAUCCAGCAGGUCCAAAAGUUGAAGAGAUAAAAGAAGAGGUAGCGCCUUGCAGUGUCCCACCAGGGCCCGGCAUGCCAGCCUCUAUUUAUCAGACAAACCAUGGCCAGUUCAUUGCUUUUACUCAGGAUGGUGCCAUCCAGCUGACCAGUGCUCUACCUAGGGGACUACAGGCCUUGCAGCCUCUGACCAUGUCCAACUCUGGAAACUCACAGUCUGCUGCAGCCAUCGUCCAGUAUUCCCAACAGUCAGGAGAUGGCACUCAGCAGUUCUAUAUGCAAGGCAACAAGGGAAUGGUAAAAGCUUCCACUGGUGACAUGUCAGGCUACCAGAUCUGCACUCCCACCUCCAGCCUGCCCCAGGGCGUUGUGAUGGCUGGCUCCCCAGGCUCCCUGCACAGCCCCCCACACGUGGCUGACGAGACCACACGCAAGAGACAACUCCGCCUCAUGAAGAACAGGCAGGCAGCCAAAGAGUGCCGGCGGAGGAAGAGAGAGUAUAUUCGCUGUCUGGAGACUCGCCUCACCAUGCUGGAGGCCCAGAACAAGAAGCUCAUGGAUGAGCUAAACUACUUUAAGGAAAUGUAUGGAAUUAAGUCGAGUCAGUAACAGUACAGCAUACUGUACAUACAUGUUAUUUAUGCCUAACAUAACCAGCUACUGUACAUAACAUUGCACAGUAAUGUGUUUAUUUUCAAUAAAAUAUGCCAUAUGGUUGUCUGGCAUUUGCUUUUAAAUAGUUUUAAACAUUCUCAUCGAAGAUCUGUUAUUUGAAGAUUUAUCAGACAAAAUGCUCCCAGAGGUUUAUCUUGAAUGACAUGUGGAGUCUCAGGCCUGCACAUAUAGCAAUGUAUAGGCAUUAUUUUGUAGAGACUAGGGCUUGCAUAGGGAGCUCUAUCUUAAAUGACAUUUUACAAAGAAACUAACCAGCAUAUAUUACUGUUCUAUAAGAGGGAUAAAAAAUACAAAUAAAAAGUUUAUUGUACUAUUUCAUUACUAUUUAUUUAUUUGUUUUUUAUUGUUAGAAAUCUUAUAUGCUUCAUGCACAGUGCUUUUUUGUUUUACAUUUCUGUAUUUAAUCUUCGUGAAGAGAUGUUUUAUUGGUUGAAUGUAAAUUAAUAUAUACCCUGAUGUCACAAAGCACAAACCUGCCGAGCUUUUGUUCAUAGUUCAUUUGUUUGUAAUGUUGUUAAAAGUUUGUCUAAAACAAUUCAGCUAAGUUAACCCAUGACCCUUCUUGAAUGUAUUUCUCUAAUCUGCACUAUUGUUCAAAUUCAAGUAUAUUGUUUUGUAAGUGAAAAACUCCUUAUAAUGCUUUGAUAUCAAUUUGAUUCUCAAAUAAAAUGUUUUCCACAGCAUUAAAAAUCAAA